AUGAAUUUGUCAGAAGAAUCAACUAUAACAGUAGAAAAUAGAAGACCACGCAAUAAAACUGAAACAAAAUUCAAGUCUUAAAGCCCAUAAAUAAAACCAUAAUUCACUUAAUCAUAAUUACAACAUAAAAAGAGCAAAACAAAAGAAAGAGUAUAAUAAAAACAAGAGCUACUACCUAAUGUGACUAGAAAAUUAAAUCCUAAAUCAACUAGUUUUUCUAAAAAAAGAAAUCAGUUCAAACCAACUCCUUAAGAGUUUUGUUUAAAAGUAAAUAAAUAAGUUUAAUUCAAAUAGUAUUAUGUUGGAUGGGGCAAUAAUGAGGCCUUAAUAAAACGAGUUAUGUCUAAAAGGACAUAAUGGAAAGAAACCACUGACUCUAGUUCGAUGUUUGUUAAUUUUAAAUGGCAAUAAAGUGAAAGAGGUUACAGAUAUGAAAGAUUAAUAGUAAGUUAAAAUUACAAAUAACUUGUUAAUCACUUUGAACAUCAUAGAGAAAUUUCAAAUAAAUCAUAUCUAAUUAAAAAUCUUUCUUAAUAUUGCGAAGUAAAUAUAAGUAUAUUUUUAGAAACAUAAAUUGAAUGUAUUUGAUUAUACUCCAUUAACAUUUGUGAUUGAUUUUAGUGAUGAGAAUUGUGAUUAUAAUAUUACACAAUUCCUUAAGACUUAUGAGUAAUUUGCCCCUAAAAAACCAUUAGCCAAAUAGAUGCUUGAUGUUAAAAGAAGAUUGAGAGGGAAUUUCAGUAAUUCUUAUUAAAGGGAUUCAAGUUCUUAGUUUCAAAAAAUUCAAAUGAAUAAUACAUUUCUAUCAGAAGAUUCAACCUAUAUGUGGUUAUUAAAGCCUACUUUUUUAAAUAGAGGAAGAGGAAUUUAAAUAUUUGAUAAUUUAGAAACUUUAGUAAAGUUGGUAUCAGAGUUUUAAGAAGGAUUAAAAGAAAAGACUUUGAAUUAAAAGGAUGAAUCUUCUGGGGAAGAAGAUCCACCAAAGUAAGUGUAAAGUGCGUAAGGGACUAAAAAAGAUCCUAAUUAAUAUAUAAGAUAAUAACCAUCAGGACCUUGUAUUAUAAAAUCUCAAUCAUUUGUUAUUCAAAAAUAUAUUGAAAGACCAGCUUUGAUUAAUAAAAGAAAAUUUGAUAUAAGAGUUUGGGGAUUAGUGACUUAAGAGUUGGAUGCAUAUUUUUUUUAAGAAGGAUACAUUCGAACAUCCUCUGAAGAUUUCACCUAUAAUAUUGAGAAUACUUUUGUUCAUUUAACAAAUAAUGCAAUUUAAAAAUAUUCAAAAAAUUAUGGAGAAUUUGAAGAUGGUAAUUAAUUAUCAUUUAAAAACUAUUAAGACUAUUUAAAAUCAUAAAAUAUAGUAUGUAAUGUUGAAGAUGUAAAAAUAAUAAAUUAUUUUUUAAGCUUAUAAAUAAAAUGAAAGAAAGAAUAUGGAUGGUUUUUAAUUCUGUUCGUAGCAAAAUAAAUUUUGAAGACCGAAAAUAUUGUUUUGAGAUUUUUGGAUUUGAUUUUAUUUUAGAUGCAGAUUAAGAAGUGUGGUUAAUAGAAGUUAAUACAAAUCCAUGUAUAGAAGAAUCAAGUCCAUUAUUAAAAAUGUAUAUUCCAAGAAUGUUAGAUGAUGCAUUUAAAUUAACACUUGAUAUUUUAUUCCCUCCAUAAUAGUAGCCACAUAAAUAAUCAUUACCAUCAAUUUGUAAUUAUCAAUUCUUAUUCAAGAUUAACUUCCUUAAAUCAAAGAAGAAACACAUUCUGACUUUCCAGUAAUUGGAUAUCCUAAUGAUGAGAAUAUGUGGAUGUUAUUAGGCUCUCUAAAUGAUAGAAAAGUAAAAAAAAAAAAAUGA